AUCUAUCUUCUUAAUCCAUUUCCACGUGAUUUGGAUUAAUUUGCCUGCAUCUUCGUCGACAAAGAUGGAAGUGCAUUGAUCGUUUUGCGCCGGAAAAGAUUGAAUCUUUGCUGACGUUUUGAGUCGGCAAGUUGCAAUCUCUAGCUUCCGUUAGGCGUCUAUGAUAUCGGAUUUUAGGGUUUUCAGCAAUCCGUCAAAAUUCCGCCGCGGAGGCGAUCGGCGUGCUCCCCUCUCCUCCACCCUCUGAUCUCCCGGAGAAGCGGAGAUGAGCUGGUGCACCCCCGGCAUCUGUGGACCAGGGUCCGCACGCUGAGCCUGCUGAUGGUGCGGUUCCUCAAACGGGGGCACGGCGCCGGGAAGCCCUACGAUGAGGAGCGCGACGAGGGGUGCGGCGCCGCCGUGCGCCAGGCGGAAAGUCCGAUACUGGAGGACGUGAGCUGGGAUGUCCUGGCUUUCGACGACUACGAUGACGACGACUACGGCGUCCUCUUCCAGGACCAAGGGGAGCCCGCCGCCGGCCGCCCCCGCAAGGCGCCGCUUAUCGGAGAUGAAACGCCUUCUGAAAUCGAACUGUUUAAGGACAGGUACGCAAAGCUGCUGCUUGGCGAAGACAUGUCCGGUUGCGGCAAAGCAGUUCCAUCGUCUCUUGCACUGUCCAACACCAUCACCAACCUCGCCGGUGCUUUCCUGUUCCCUCGACCAUCAUUUAUGCAAAAAGAUUUCUUGUGAGUGAUGGCAACAGAAGAAGUAACAUUUUCUGUUAUGCUUCUGGAUCAAAUAGCAUCUAUUUUCGGCGAACACUCGCGGUUAGAGCUGAUGUCUGCUGAAAGGAAAGCGAGGUGGAGGAGGGAGAUGGACUGGCUUCUAUCUGUUACUGAUCACAUUGUUGAGUUUGUUCCUUCCAGGCAGACAUAUA